AUGGAAGAUCCAAAUCGAAUGAUGGGAGGUCACGGCGGCCUAAUGCCGCCGAAUUAUGGUAUGCCGACGAACGAUGGUCAAACAGGAGUGGACAAUGAUCCCCGCAAGCAAGAUAUUGGCGAAAUUUUACAACAGAUCAUGAACAUCACUGACCAGUCGCUGGAUGAAGCACAGGCUCGUAAACACACAUUGAACUGCCAUAGAAUGAAACCGGUAUUGUUUGCGGUGCUCUGUGAAAUAAAAGAGAAAACAGUUCUGUCGCUGCGAAACACUCAGGAAGAAGAGCCUCCAGAUCCGCAAUUGAUGCGCUUGGACAACAUGCUUAUUGCAGAAGGUGUGGCAGGACCAGAAAAGGGUGGUGGUGCAGGUGCGGAUAGUGCCGCGGCAGCCAUGGCUGCUGCCAACGAUUUCUUGUCGCAAUCGGAUUUAACCGGUGGACAAGAUAAUGCGAUCGAGCAUUCAGACUACCGGGCGAAGCUCGCGCAAAUUCGUCAGAUUUACCACCAGGAGCUGGAGAAAUAUGAACAAGCCUGCAGCGAAUUCACAACGCACGUCAUGAACCUGUUGCGGGAGCAGAGUCGCACAAGGCCCAUUACACCGAAAGAAAUUGAGAGAAUGGUACAAAUCAUUCAUCGGAAAUUUAGCUCCAUCCAAAUGCAGCUUAAACAAUCGACCUGUGAAGCCGUGAUGAUCCUACGCUCUCGCUUCUUGGACGCUCGGAGAAAGAGACGUAAUUUCAGUAAGCAGGCUUCUGAAAUUCUCAACGAAUACUUUUAUAGUCAUCUAAGUAAUCCCUAUCCCUCGGAAGAAGCUAAGGAAGAACUAGCAAGGAAGUGUGGUAUUACGGUCUCACAAGUUUCUAACUGGUUUGGAAAUAAGCGUAUUCGAUACAAAAAGAACAUUGGAAAAGCUCAGGAGGAAGCAAAUCUAUACGCGGCCAAAAAGGCAGCUGGUGCAUCCCCUUAUUCCAUGGGCGGACCACCUAGCGGUGCUGCCACGCCAAUGAUGUCACCUGCACCUGCACAAGAUUCAAUGGGAUACUCGCUUGGGUCUAGCGGGUAUGAUCAGCAGCAACCAUAUGACGGCAGUAUGGGAUAUGAUCAAUUACACCAGGAUCUCAGUCCUUGAGUUGACGCGAUGGUCACGCUAGGGCGACAAAUUUGAAACGCCAACGAAAAUCGGUAAUAAUGGCAGCAUUCUGAUUUUCUAUCAUGAUACAGAUUAUUUUGCUGCAUUUUUCACUAUACAUAUUUUGCAAUACUUACCAAUACUUACCGCCACCGAAUCACAGUAGCGUAUUAGCAAACAACAUUUUUUUGAACAAGGACCUGUAAAUGUGGCAAACAUAACGUGCAAAAAACGGGUGCAGUUUUAAUUUGAUAACCUCAUGUCAACACAAAAUUUGAAUUCUCUGAACUGAAGAAAUCUUCUAAAAACAAAGCAAGUAUACGGAUUGAAUUGCACUAUGAAGAAUUUAAUAAAAAUGCGUACAAUUGAGUAACGCGUUUUGUAAUGCGUUGGGCAAAGGGCGAGUUUAUUAAACAAGAAGAAGUAAGUGAAAACAUAGAUUCUUCACAAAACGCAUGAAGAUAACGAAUCGAAAAUAUAAAAAGAAUCAUACCAAUUCAGCAGAACUCUACACAUGCAUUAUUAGAUAAUACUGCAUAGCUAAAGAACGAUAAUGGAAACGGUAAUAGGUCCCGGUAAGCUUAUAUAAAAACAAGAUGAGAAAAAUGAAUAAUUGAAUCCAACAGCAUCAACAACUGAACUACUCGGCACAGGAGCUCCACAAGGAAUUGUUUGGGCAUUAACAGAAAACCACAAUUAGUAUGCUGCACCCCAUUCCUCCUCAUUUGCCUUUUUUAUAUUGAAAUACGCAAAAAUAUGUUUCCGAUGAAAAUAACAUCUUGCAAGUAACAUUUAUGUAAACUGGACCUCCUAAAUGCAUUUUUCAUUUAAAACCGACGGUAAGUGAACAAUUUAUAGCUCAGCAAUACGUUCACUGAUGCUAUGAUAAGCGUGUAUGAUUUUAUUACGUCAAUAGUAACAAACUAAGAUUACCAUUACCCAAGCUUUGAUCCCAGGAAGAUACAAAUGUCUACCAACAAAGUGAGCAACGUUCGUCUUAAAAACCGUUUUAAGCGAUUUAGUUUAGUUUG